GCAAUGCGCACGCGCGAAAGACCUCAUUUGACAACACUGCAUGAACUUGUACGUGAGCUGGUGAGCAGACAUGUCCAGUUGAGCACGAGCCAUCUACGAGUCGACUUGAGGAUCGUUGGGUGUUGAAAAGCUAACUAUUUGAGAGACGGUGAGAUAAAUCGUGAAAAUCGGGAACAGAGAAAAUCGUGGCUGAACAUGGCCACGGCUCACUAUCGGCCGUAGUCGUUGGAGUUCGUGCAUCACUGCGCAUGCGUGUUGAGCAUAGAGGGUACAUGGGAAAGAAAGAAAGAAUGGAGGAUCUCUAUUGGCGCGCGAAACGCAUGCAUUUAAAAGAAUGUCCUCCGUACAAGUAGACCGACCUACCAAAGUGAAUCAUCAUUCACAUAGCAAGAAAGAGAAUGAUAAUAAAUUCAGAAAACAGUUUAAUCUGUCCUACAAAAAGCACAAUAAACAUGAUGACAGUCGUGGGGGAGGAAUUGGUGGAAGUGGAGGAGGAAGUGGCAGUAGUGGUAAUUCAUUCACAAAUUUCAAGUUUGGACGAAAACGUACACAAAGCAACAAUGGUGGAAAAUCUUAUCCACCUUAUAAACGACGUAAAAAAGAUGGCAACAACAUUAUUCCGCCCACAAAAUUUCUUUUAGGCGGAAAUAUUCGCGAUCCACUGAAUUUAAAUAGUAUGCAAGAUGAAGAAGUAAAUCGCGCUAUGAACGCAGUGACACCAAAAUCCAGCCCUCUCCCUACUCCGAAACAUAAGAAAGAUGUAAUAGAAGUGUUAAUUCCGCCUGAUAGUCGAGAUCCGCUACUCUUAACAUGUAAUGAUAAUGAAGAAUACGAAAAGCAGCUGUUUCUUCCUCAAAGGAAAACUUCUAAACGUAGAAAUAAGAAAAAAAAACGAGCCUGUUCUUCAUCAUCGAAAGAGGAGAUUACGAGCGAAGUUGUAGAAGCUAAAUGUUUAAUGAAAAGUGACGAAGAGCUUUGUGAAAUGAUAGGAAGUUCAGCAGAGAAAAGUCCCAAUGAAAGGAUUCAACCAACAGAUUCCGAAAUAGUACAGGAUAAAAAUUCUGUGGAAAGCAAUGUGGAGAGUCUUCAGAAAAAUAAAAGUAAGGGUAAUGUAGGGAAAAUUGGAAACAAGUUGGAGAGAGAGGACAAAAACAAACUGCGACUAAAAGGUUUGGAAGAACCAAAGGACAAAAGACUGCGCAAGGACACUAAGGAUAAGAUAGUGAGUCCUGUGAUUCCUCAACCAGGUGCCUGGAAGCCUCGCGCUCAGCACAGGCCUAGUCAGGACAAGAAGAAGAAGCAACAACAACAAACAAUGCCAAACUUCAGACAAAAGGAUGCUCGCUAUCAAUAUGGCAAUUAUAACAGGUAUUAUGGAUACAGAAAUCCUCAUUACGAAGCGGAUCCUCGACUUAAAGCGUUUAGUAGUCGUCAAGAAUUAUUCUUACAAAAAGAUAUUUUGGACAUCGGGUGUAAUAUUGGACACAUUACCUUGUCAGUGGCAAGAGAUUUUGGAGCAAAGAGCAUCACAGGAAUUGAUAUUGAUAGGACACUGAUCAAUAUUGCCCGAAAAAAUGUAAAACAUUAUGUAAAUUGCGUGCAAUCACCGGCGAGUAACGAGGAAAGCGACAGGAAGGUACUAGAUUCGGAUACUAAUUUCUUUCCCAAGUCAAUGCCUAUCAGCUAUGGGCCUGUAGACAUUCCGGGAUUCACAAAGCACAAACAGGACAAGGGUUUUCCUUAUAACGUCACGUUUGUACAGGGUAACUAUAUAUUGGAUGACGAUGCUCUUCUACAAGCGGAACAACCACAAUUCGAUACGAUCCUGUGUCUCUCUAUUACUAAGUGGAUACAUCUCAAUUUUGGUGACGCUGGCAUUAAGCAGAUGUUUAAGCGCAUGUAUGCGCAAUUACGUUCUGGCGGAGUGUUAGUGUUAGAACCCCAAAAUUGGAGUAGCUACAACAAAAAGAAGAAUCUCACUGAACGAAUUUACAAAAAUUAUCGCACCAUCGAGUUCCGUCCCCACAACUUCACACAAUAUCUCUUGUCUUCCGAAGUAGGCUUCUACAAAUGCGAGGUGAUCUCCAUCCCACAGCAUCCUUUGAGAGGAUUCCAGCGUCCUCUCUAUUUGUUCACAAAGGAGAACGAUCAACCCGAUGACGUUGCAAGCAUAUCAGAUCGCGAUAUGCAAGAAAAUAAGCGAUUACGCAAGGCGGAGAAGAUAGUAUAUGAGCAGGAAUUAUUCCCAAAAACUACCUGUAAAGAAAGUAUUAGUCCCCAAAGUAGUGACCAAUACGAGCAAUUAGAGAACAUUUAUUAUCCUAUUACGCCAUCGUAUUAUCAUACGCCAAGUCAGACGCCAAGUCAGAAUAACGAGCAUCAAAAUCAAGAGACGAGAGAUAAAAUUGAUAGAGCACUUGAAGAAAAUAAAACAAAAGAGACAAUGGAGGAUGAUAAUGACGCUUUCAGUCAUGAUAAACAGAAGGAAUGUAGCAUUGAUACGACGGGCAACAACGAUAAAAAAAUGGCAGAAGUGGAAAAGAGAAUAGACGGCGUAUGUGAGACGCACGAUAAUGAUCAGAAAAUAAUAGAAGACGAAAUUAUUGAAACUAAUAACUGCUAGUUUCGAAAUUUUGACAUUUCCAUCCAUUUACUUUUAUAUACGCCUUUCGUUUUCCUUGUUUCAAAUCUUGUUCAUUAUAUUCUCAAAAGACACAAAGGAAAAUAUGGCAGUUUUUUCUUAUUUUGUCUUCUUAACAUAAAUGGACGGACAAGUUUUCUCGGGUAAUGUUAUAAAAUGAUUAAAAUAAUAAUUCGUUCGUUUUUAGUUUUAACUGCUUGAGAAUUAUAAGGGACAAUAUGUUACAAGGAACGGACGAAUUUUGUAAAAAAUUCUAU